AUGGGAAUGUCACGCAACGUGGAGGAGUGUUGCGUGACAUCCCAUCCUACUUUGAAGGAGACUACACUUAGUCACAGGAUGGCAACUGAAAAUUCUCACGCAGCACAUACUCUGAAGCCAUAUCCAUAUCAGGUGGCUGGACAUGCGGCUCAAGGUGAGCCUAUGAAUAAGAUAAAUUCACAAUACGUUAAUUUGUACUCGUUGAGCUCACGAAAAGUUUUGUAUGUUCUUCAGUGUUAACUUAACGUGAUCGAUUCUCCUCCAUAUGCACAAUUUACCUCAUUGGUACUUAAUUUCGCGAUUUUAGCGGAACAGUAUUUCUCGGAGUGUAAUGUUCGCGAUUUUAACGGGAAAAAAGGGGCAUCGGAUUUCGCGAUUUAAGCGUUCUCAAUUUAAUUUUAUUUUCGAAAAGUCUGAACUUUAAACCUUCGGCCAGUUUUGCGGGAAGUCAAUAAAAAUAUCUGUUGGUGUGAAAAGUGCGUAGGAAGUUAUUCAAAUACAUUGAAAGGUUGGAGGAAAAGGAACUCACGGGAUUGUAAAAUACCACACACAAUUUUUAUUUAAUUUUUAAUACUUGUGGCAGAUGGAUGACGAUGUGACACCAAUAAAAUGAAAGCAUUUGAAAGGUAGUCACUUUGUUAAUUACUAUUUCAUUUUCAGAAUGCUACUGAAGGACAAUAUUCUCAGAAUGUAGAAUUUCAGCCGAAGAUUAACAGUCAGUUAACCUGAGAUCAUUACAAUUCUUAUUUUUAGGGGCAUUGAAAUUGACUGAUGAUGGAUGUGUCCUUAAACCAGUUCAGAGACCUCCAAAGGGGAUGAGAGAAGUUGUUUUCUAUGACACAGUAUUCAACCAAAGCGAAAAACGAGAGGAGAUACUACAGCUUAGAAGACUUUUGCCUUUUUAUCAUGGGAUUGUGGAAAUAGGUAUCCUUAACCCUUCUUCUUAAAAGGAAAUAGAAAUUACUGUCUCUUGUAUUUUACUUGUUUUAUCUUAUUUUAGGUAGUAACUUGGAAAAAGUUGAAAAUUUUGUGAGCAUUGCCAUCACAACUUCUAGAAUUCGGAUUAAAACAAAAACAAAAAACAAAUCAAUCUGGAAGCUUGUUUCCAAGAUUUAAUGCACCAAUCAAUUCAAAGCUUCAACAUCCCACCCACCCCCCCUUGGGAGUGGGAGGCAUUUGAACCAAAUGUGUGAAGUCUUUUCAGCAUUAUAUGUGUUUUAAUAGAAGGAGUAAAAUGAAGGAGUAAAAAGAGAAAAGGUAAAAAGUGUGUUUCCAUGAGUGGAGUGAUACUUACAAGCAAAAAAUCCAACAGCAAUACCAAAAACUAAUAUGUUACUUUAAAGAAUUCAACAACAUUUGUUGAUCACACAAAGAAUUGUUCGAUAUGUAGUGGGGCAUUUGAAUCAGGGAGUCAGAAUUUGAAUUGGGGGGGGGAGGGCUGUUGAAACUUUGAACAGAUUAAUCUUACUGUUUUCCUUUAUUUUCAGUUUAGAAAUAAGUUUAUUACAUCUGGUAUUUAUUUUUUUUAAAUUUAAAAUUUAAAAUUUUUUCUCUUAGACAUCUGAGUUAUCAUUUACAGUCCAAUAAGACCUUUACAGCUUUGAAAUAAUUCUGAAGCCACAAAUGAUCUAGUACUGCAACUGAUAAUUAUGGAUAACCCAAAAAAGAAUCCUUGUUAAUAAUUCAAGUGGUAUGAAUUUUUUUCAUCUGAAGUUUUGCAAACAGCUAAUUCAUUAGAACAGUAAGGCUUAAGAAUCAGAGAAAGAUAAAUUAAGAUCCUUCAUAUUGAUACAGGGGUAUUAUGAAUGAAUCGUACAUUCAUUAAAGAGGUUUGCCUAAGAGGACAUUGAUUCAUAAUAUAAGCCCUGUAUUAAUACAAACACUUUUUUAAAUAUUUCUUCCUCUAAUUUAUUUAGAAUCUGUUUGUUUAAUGUUUGUUAGUCCCAAGUUUGCAAUGAAGUAGCUACUUCUAGUACCUUAGAAAAAAAAAUCAACACCUUUUCAGAUUUUUUGAAAGGAUCAUUUGUGUACCUGGAAUCAUUUGCACUGCUGUACAGAACCAAGGAUGGGAUCAAGGAGACAUUUCAGGCAUCAAAAGAUCAAGUUCUUGAUUAUGAUUUGUAGAUUUCUUUCUAUUUUGUUAUGCUUCUUGAUCCCUGGCCCAAAAAAUACUAGCAGUUGUAGUGUUAACAUCAUCAUCCACACAUCAGACAAUCUAGUUAACUGAACUGGCCUGAUCCCUUUUAUCUCAAGAAUUUCCAAAUUUCACACAAAGAGUAGUAGUUAAUAUCAAACAACUACCUUCCAAAACAUUACUUUUGUUUCCAUUUUUGUACCACACAAAUCAGAGGGCAAGGGGUCCUAUGGAAUAAAUAUCUUUAGUUUAUACCAAAACAGUGGAUAGGGUUGAAGGUCUGUUCUGAUUGGCUACUCAGGUUUUAAAUAUCCUCUGCUAUUCACCUAUAAGUUACUCAUGCGAGAUUUGUGCUGAAAAAUAUUGUAAUAGUUACAGGGAUGAAUGAGUUAAAACGAUAUUUUUGUGCUAAAUUAUCGCACUGUUGUAGUGUAUGCAACUAUUCCUAGAAGUGAAGGUGGCUAGUGGUGGAUAUUUACCUCAUGGCAUUGUUGCUCAGUAAAUAUCCACCGAUAGCCACCUCCACUUCAGUGAAUAGUUGUUUACUACCAGGAAGGGAGUUCUGGAAAUGUUUAGUAUGGAUAAGUAAAAGAUCCUUGGGAUUGUCUCACUCAUUAAUUCCAUCUGGCUUGUUUGCUUCAGAAAUGCUAUGGGAAUGCACUAAAAUCUUUGAACAAACAGUUAGCAGGCCCUUAAUGGUUGAUUUUAGAUACAUCAAAGUAUUUAAAACUGGAGAACAUAACAAACAAAUUUGAUUUGCCAUGUGUGAUGGACAUUAAGAUGGGAAGAGUGACAUGGGAAGACAAUGCAGAUGAAACAUUUAAGGAAAGAAGACAGAAAAAAUGGCCACUGAGGGAAGUCACAGGUUUCAGCAUUCUUGGAUUUAUGGUAUGUUUCAAUGAUGUUAUGUUAACAAAUUACUGAACACAAAGAAAAGUUUCUUUUGAUAUUUCUGUUAAUUUUCUCUUGAAACCAAUUUCUAACAUAGCCUUUGGUUGCUUCUUUAAAUUAUGAUGACAAAGGCAUUCAACAAACCUUAAUGAGGAGACAAGCAAAAUACAUAUGUGUUAAUGACCAACUGAGGGGUCACACUGACAGGAUAGUAGCCUUGUUCUUUUUUUGGUGUUUUUGUGGACCUCAACUUUGUCUUGGUCUAUAAAAACACAAAAAAAAGAAUCAGCCAAUAUCCAGUCAUUGUCACCUCCGCUUGGUCAAUAAUGCAUGUCUAUUUUGCUUGUUUGUUGUGCACACUUAUCACAGGCUGUCUUGCUUUGCGGCAUAAAGGGUGAGGUUUAUUUCAUUUUCCUCAUUUUUUGCGCUCAUUUUCCUCAGUAGCUAUCUUGGUUUACUAGCUAAAAUUACUCUUAGCUUUGUUUAAUUUGUAAAUUAUUUACUAUCAGGUCUACAACCACCAAAAGUGUUGCCAUGAACACUACGAUCGUGAAUGGUGCCAGAAGUUGUCUACAGUACAGGAUGCUGAAAAAUGUAAGAUUUCUAAUAUUUUUUCUAUUCAUGAUGUAUUAUAUACUGAAACUGCUUGGACUUGACAAUCUUGGUGAAAUAUGUAAUACUUGUUUGUCAAUUAAAGACAAUUAUAUAAUUGCCCAAAUAAUGUUGGAAAUCAAAACCACUCAAUAGUUCUUGUCAGAGCCUGUUGAAGUACUUCUGGGAUUCAAUAAUCUCAGAUCCAAUCACACUUGUUCAUAUUUCAGCAAUAGAGAGAAGACAGCAAUUCACGUGAUCAUCUUGAUUGAAACAGAGUAGGGGUGAUAUUCCUGGUUUUAGGAUUUCAUGUUUUCAUUGCUUAUUACCAUUUUUUGUUGUUAAAACAUAAGCCCUAAGAUCUCACUCUUAAUUGUUCACAGGCUUUCAUCAGUAUUUAGGAGGUGUACAGUUUGAUAUGACAUCGGACAUAUUGGGGCAGCUACUUACAAACCUUAUGGAUAUCAAACAGUGGUUCACAACUCAAAGACUCUUCAGGUUUAUUGCAAGCUCUAUCCUUAUUGUAUAUGAAACUAACUGCUCAUGGAAGUUGGGAAAACACCAGAAAUCCCACAAACAGUCUGAAACAGUGGAAAACAUGCAUCAGCGUUCCCCAACAAACUUUUUAGUUGAUACAAAAAUAAUUGACACUGCCCAUGUAUUUCCAUCAACAGAUAUUGAUGAUAAUUAUUUAUUUGGCUUGGAGAAUUUAAUUUCAAUAUUUGAGAAAUGUAGACAAGAAUAUGCUGUCAAUUAAAGAUUCAGCAAGGUAAAGCUGUGAAUGAAUGAAUGAAUGAUAAUGGAUCAUUCCUUCAC